AUGCACAAUCCCACCGGCCUCUUCAACAAGAUCAAGCCUCUCUGCACUGCUCUAUUUAAAUCACACGCUCCCACGGAUGUCCUUGCUGCCCUUUAUCGAAUUCUCAAGGAUGCCCCACCCACCGCAUUUACACCUUCGCUCAUCGAGUAUACAUUCUUCCCCAUAUCUCAUCUCUUGCGAAAGCCCCCCAUUCCCAAUCACCUACUGGAACAGAUCUUUCUCUGCUUGAGUGUGCUGUCUGCCCACUGGGACCUCUCCGACUCUCCGGGUGUAUGGACCCAACUCGUCGUGCUCUGCAACCUUGCACAAGGAAGAGACGAGGAAACAUGCUAUGCCGCAGCUCUCACUUUACGUGCCCUCUUCCAACCCGAUCCAAAUGAUCUCGAUCCCAAAAUAAUCCCUGUUCUUGGAAACACACUCGAUACCAUAUUGGACUAUACAUUGUCCCCUAAUCACUCGCUCCAAGUCGUAUCGCUCGAGGUCUUGCAUAGGAUAAUCAACGCGUAUUUCCCAUCUUCCCAUAUCCCUGCGGUCGUCCCAGGUGUCGUCUCCAAAAUGGUCCGUGUGGCAAUGGGCGACAAGGCCACCUCCCAAGUCAUCACCCUCGCUCUCAAAGUAUUGGAAGAUAUCCUGGAAAGGGGAGUAGGCGAUCAAGUGUGCAUUCAAUCCGGGGCGCUUCGCGAUUACACCUCUUUGGACGAUCUGGUGUCUUCCCCUUCUCCUCCCUCUUCCUCUGCCCAAUCCAUAGAACCACAGAGAACACCGACAUGGCUCAACGCGACUAGCCCCCAAGUCCACGUCUCCCUCGUCUCCCUCUCCCCGCUCGCUUCAAACCCAAACCCCCUCACCCGACUCGCGCUCGUCAAUCUCUGUGCAAAACUCGCCCAAACCUGCGCCCAAAGUCUGGAAAACACGCAACCGGUGCUCGUCACGCAUCUACUACUCCUUGCCUAUCCGGCUCUACAGGGUCCCACACCGACGCCCCCGGAAGACGCCCAGCGCGCAUUGGAGAGUCUAAGUUGGGUCAAUGUCCAAGUUGUAGCUGGAAUCGUCUCGCGUGCGCUCUCGCUCCUCCCGCACCGGCUCUCGCAGGUACACGAGUCCACAGCAUCGAGUCUUGCCCGACAACUCGUCUCGGCGUGCCAUGUCUUGCCUGCGUCCACAAUUGGAGCGUUGCUCGGUCCCGGUGGGGGCGUCGAGAAAUGGGGCGCGAUGUUGCUCUCGGUUGUGCGGUUUGAAGUUGGGGAAAGGCGGGUUGUCCCCUUGGUCGCUUUGGAUGCGGGGCAGGUGGUUGAAGAGGAGGAUGAGUCGGGGGUGUUUACGCUCCAGGGUUUGGAUACGAUGGCUACCCGCCAUAUCUCGUCUGUCUUUACUGCGCUGGGUAAGAAAGCGGGGGACCAAGGUGUUUAUGCCAUCGAAUGGUUCGUAGGCGCCGGUGUAGGAGGGAGCGUUGCGGGACUAUGGUGUGCACUUUGGUUGCUCCGCGGUCAAUAUCAGGAACAGGUCCAGUCUCGCAAGGGGCCAAGUAAACGACUUGUCAAGGCCACGAAAUGGAUUGCCAAGACGCUGAGCGAGAUGUGGGACGAUCGGUUUUUGCCCCCUUCUCCUGAUCCUGCUUCGGGCGCAGAGGAAGCCGGGCAGGAAAGGGAGAGGCUCGAAGUGACCGAGUACGUCAAGGGGUUGAAUCCGUUGACGACUCUUUUGGAUCGUCCUUUUGCGAAUUCGACGGUGCGGAGCGCGAGACUGGAAGAAACGAGAAACGUGCAUGCGCACCUUGCAAUACGACUCAUUGCCACAUGCCACACCAUCCUUGCGCGUAUUCCAACGACCACACUCUCGACCCAGACCUACCCCGCAACGCACACGACAAACCCGUCCGUGACGCUCUUGCAAUACACCAUCUACCCGCUGCUCGUCGAGAACAAGGGGCUGGGCGAGGUCAGUACGGCCCUGGGGUACGCGAGCGUGGAGAAUAUGUUGCUUGCGAAUUUCGAUUAUGCGUUGGAGAGCGUUGCGAGGCGUGUCUCGGUGUUUGGGGUGUAUGCCGCUGGGGUGUAUCGGUAUUCUGCCCCAGCGUCCUCUGUUCCGGAGUCAAUGUCGCCUAUUGUCGCCUCGGGUCCAUCCGUGUCGAUCCAGGCCCUCGAAACGCUACGCACGCUCGUGCGUCUCGUUGGAUCUCAAAUUGUUUCGCGUGCGUCGGAUGUGUUGGACGAGUGCUUUGAUAGGUUGGAUGAUUUCCAUGGGUACGAAGUUGUUGUUGGUGCUCUUGUGGGCGUCUUGGCCGAGGUUGUGAAUGUUGUUGGGAAAGAGGACGAUGGGACUGCCCGGGACCAUGAGCGGGAGACUGGACACGGGGAGGAAAAUGCGCAAGGGCAAGAGCAAGUGUGGGAGGGGUUUUUGAAGUGGUGGAAAGAUAGAGGCAAGGAGCGAGAAGAGUGGGAGUUUGAUCUAGGCGAGGACGACAAGGGCAAGGACAAGGACAAGGACAAGAACGAGGGCGAGGACGAUGAGGAACCAAUGUCCUCGGACCCUCCGCCGCUCCCACCCACCCAAUCCCUCACGCGCCAAAUCAUCUCCCGAUGCACGUACUUUCUAACCCACCCAUCCCCCUACAUCCGCGCCCAAAUCUUGACCCUGCUCACCACCGCAGCGCCCACCUUGCGCGCCUCGGCUCUCCUCCCCACCAUCCACGCCUCGUGGCCGUUUAUCCUGAACCGGAUGGGGGACAGCCAAGUAUGGGUCGUCAAAGCGUGCGUCGGGCUGAUCGAGACCCUCGUCGAGUGUGUGGGCGAUUUCAUGGCGCGGAGGGUAUGGGAGGACGUCUGGCCGCGGUUCGAAAAGAUGUUGAGUGCCCAGGCGGAUCGGACUAUUGCGAGACGGUCAGGCCCUGUGCGUGCGUACGGGUCGUAUGAGACGUAUGGAGCGCGGGCGCUUUCGGAUGUGCAUGUAUCGAUCUUGCGUACGUUGGCCAAGGCGGUUGAGCAUGUUGAGCCCUCUGAUCAGGCGGUUUGGACACUCUUGCUUCUUGCCCGCCGGUUUCUUUCGAGACGCGUUAAAGGAAGAGGGUGGGGAGAGCGAAAACAAGAGGUUUAUGAAGCGGCUGUGGGGAUGUAUAAAGCUGUGGGGAAGAGGAAUCCAGAUGUUGUGUGGUUGGUUUUGGAGGGCACCAAGGGAGGCGAGGGGUUACCUAGGUUUUUAAAGUGGGAUGGAGAGGAGGAUGUGCAAGAGGGUGUGGAAGAGGUUUUGAAUUCGUUGGAUUGA